CAGAAUGGACUCUUAUCUGAUCCAAAUGAACGGCAAUAGCGAUGUCCACGUACAUAGAAAUGGGAACAGCCCCUCCCUGGGGAAGGUGAAAGGCCGGAAGCCUAGAUGGGCAGUCCGGGCCUCUGAGAUGUCCAAGAAGACUUUCAAUCCCAUCCGAGCCAUCGUGGACACCAUGAAAGUGGAACCCAACCCAAACAAGCCCAUGAUCUCCUUGUCCCUAGGUGACCCAACGGUAUUUGGAAAUCUCCCCACUGAUGAUGAGGUCACCCAGGCUGUGAAGGAGGCUCUGGAAUCGGGGAACUACAAUGGAUAUGCUCCUUCAGUCGGGUACCAGUCUUGCCGGCAGGUGGUUGCUGCGUAUUAUAGCUGCCCUGAAGCACCUCUGGAAGCUCAGGACGUUAUCCUGACGAGUGGCUGCAGCCAGGCUAUUGAACUUGCAUUAGCAGUGCUGGCUAAUCCAGGGCAGAACAUCCUAGUGCCAAGACCUGGCUUCUCUCUCUACAAGACCCUUGCACUCUCCAUGGGAAUUGAGGUCAAAUUCUACAACCUCUUGCCUGAGAAAUCCUGGGAAAUUGACUUGAAGCACUUGGAGUCGCUGGUGGAUGAGAAGACGGCCUGUGUCAUUGUGAACAACCCAUCUAACCCCUGCGGCUCUGUAUUCAGCAAGAGCCAUCUCCAGAAAAUCCUGGCCGUGGCCUCGAGACAGUGUGUCCCCAUCCUAGCUGAUGAAAUCUAUGGAGACAUGGUGUUUGCAGAGUGCAAGUAUGAGCCCAUAGCAACUCUCAGCACCAACGUGCCGAUCUUGUCCUGUGGAGGCCUGGCCAAGCGAUGGCUGGUCCCAGGCUGGAGGAUGGGAUGGAUCCUGGUUAAUGAUCGGAGAGACAUCUUUGGGAAUGAGAUCAGGGAUGGCCUUGUAAGGUUGAGUCAAAGGAUCCUGGGACCCUGCACAAUUGUCCAGGGAGCACUGGAACACAUCAUCCACCGAACACCCCCAGAGUUUUACCACAACACCCUCAGCUUCCUCAAGUCCAAUGCUGACCUUUGCUAUGCUGCCCUGUCAGCCGUCUCUGGACUCCAGCCUGUCCGGCCCUCGGGGGCCAUGUACCUCAUGGUUGGAAUUGAAAUGGAGCAUUUCCCCAAGUUUGAGAAUGAUGUGGAGUUCACCGAACAGCUGAUCUCAGAGCAGUCAGUCUUCUGCCUGCCAGCCUCGUGCUUUGAGUACCCCAGUUUCUUCCGGGUGGUGCUAACGGUGCCCGAGGAGAUGAUGGUGGAGGCCUGCAGUCGCAUCCAGGAGUUCUGUGAGAGGCACUACCAGGGCAAUGAGGGGGCCCAGGACCUAGAAUGUGACAAGUAGCCAGGAGUGCCAUCUACUCUGCCUCCGCUCAGCCACCCCGUAAAUGAGCAGCAGUGGGCAGGGCAGGGCUGCCCUCAAGUCAGCACCUACAUCCCAUUGCACCUAAUGCAACUGGAGCAGACUACAAUCCUGCAGAGCUUCUGCAUGUUCCCUGGGCUCAUGGGAACCAGCAGCCAUCAUUCUACCCCAUUCACAAACCCUCAGGCACCCAGUGUCCCACUACCCGCCAGGAGCCCUGGUCUGUGUCAGUGAACCACAGCAUCCUUCAUACAGGGCCUGUGGCUUCCACUCAGGCAAGCAGUUGUAGUAUGUGGAAACCGUCACUUAGCUGCUCAGUUUGAGGGUCUCUGUUAUUGCAGGGCAGUAGCUGGGAGACCCCAUGCUGCAUGCAAGACGACAACUUCUAAUUCCCUUCACUAGCAGUUACACGGGAUGCUGAGCUGGACUCUUCCACUGACAGAGCCAUGCAUGUGUCGGAGCAGAGUUCUCAGCCUCUCUCUGGCUGGAGCAGUACUGGACAGUCUGAUGUACAUGUGGCAUGAUGGACCCUUGUCUGUCUGCACCACAGAAUGUCAAUGACUGUUCCUGAUGUCUCCCCUUUAUGUUCUCUAAGGAGCAGGAGCUCUGUGUACUCAGCCCUUGGUGUUGCAAAGGGCAUAAAUUAUUGUAACUAUUUUAUUAAUAAAUGUUCGGAUGUGCCUGGC